AUGGCCGUUUUAGUUACAAGAUUUGCUCGCAGAGAUGGAAGGGAACAACAGUCUGUGUUGGUCGAGCAAAAAGCUUCCAUCAAUGGGUCUCCAGAGCUCCGGUACGAAUUGGUCGCUGGUCAUGGGGUUGAAGCCAUUGUUAAUCGUCUUAGCAAAUGGGUUGUGUUUAUUCUGUUUGCUUCCAUCAUUCUUCUGAGGCAUGAUGGUACAGCCUUGUGGGGAAUCAUUGGAUCCGUUUCGAAUGCGACUCUAUGUGUAGUACUCAAACGUAUACUUAACCAAGCGAGACCUGCUACAACCUCGCGAACUGAUCCCGGGAUGCCAUCUAGUCACGCCCAGUCUAUUUCUUACAUAUCUCUCUUUGCUAUUUUAUCUGUUUUGGAAUGGCUUGGAACCAGUAAAGUGUCUAUGUUCCUUAGCUGCCUCAUCAUCGCGUCAGAUACGGUUAAGGGUUUCUCAGAAGCUUCACACAAGCAGUCAAGUGGUAGUUGGUGCAAUCGUGGGUUCUGUUUUCUGCAUCUUCUGGUACACAACGUGGAACUCGCUUCUCCUUGA